GUGAGCAACGUCCAUCUCGAAGAACAUUGUUCCUCCACGACGUUCUCGCCCGUUGCUCGCAUAAUUUCACGAGCAUGGCCAGCUUGCAGGGAUACGUUGAUCAUCGAGUUCUUCUCAUCCUUCAGGACGGCCGUGCUAUUGUGGGCGUGAUGGCUGGCUUUGACCAGAAGUCGAAUGUCGUCUUGUCAGACUCCAAGGAACGCGUUUACAGCACGGACGAAGGUGUUGAAGAGAUCCCCUUAGGGCUUUAUCUCGUAAAAGGGGACCAAAUGUGCGUUCUUCCUCCCUUUCUGCUAUGCUUUCUUUUGUUAACGGUUCUUUCAUUUAUAAAGUGUUCUCAUCGGAGAGCUGGACGAGGCACUCGACCAAUCCGUCGAUCUAUCCACCGUCCGCGCAGAACCUCUCCCACCGAUCCGGUACUAAGAAAUCCAAGAAAUCUAAGAAAACCGUCACCCCCCCUCUAUGUGUUGCGUCACAGCUUCGCCUUAUGCGCUUCGCAAUAUUCGGUCGGGCCCUUCUCCACGCCUUCCCUAAUCUGUAUUGCGCCUUUGCAUUAUCCACCUUCGGGAGAGGAGGAUUUAACUAUCUACUUCUGGUAUCUGCUACUCUUGGCGCGGGAAUACAGGAAGUUGUAGAACGGAAUGUGGGCGUGGAGGAGUGUUUUCAUUCGAGCUUUGGGUUUCGACUGUGCAAAUAUUUCAUGUGUACGUACCGUACCUUUGGAGUUCGGGUACUAAUAUUAUGGAGGUUGUUGUUC